CCCGGCAAGGAAAUAUUUCUUACCCAUCUUUUGGGAAGAUCCUUCUCAGAGCCGGUUGGCUGCUAAAUUUGGAGCGGGGCAUCGCCUGCCCCCUGGAGGUUUAUUUCGAGGCUGGUGGUAGAAGGAGGGAGAAGAGAGAGAGAGAGAUCGACCCCUUUCAAAAACAAGCAAACCUUAAACCUCUUAUUCUCUUGAGCAUCUCCCUCGGUCUCCUCUACACGGGGAUCCGCCGCCGUUGUUUCCCUCCGCCCUGUUCGUUUUUAAUUCGGUUCGCUACCUGCUUGCAACACUCCGUCGAAGGAAAAACAACCAACAUAUCUCCCCGGUGGGCCACCUCUUGGAUUUUGCUGCUGCCUUCGCCAUGGCCCGUCCUGCAGCUCAAAGCAGCCCGGCACCCAGCCCCAUGCUCUCGUCUCCUCCUCUGGGACUAGCCAGCCCGAGUUCUGCCAUGGUCAGUCUCAAGAGUCUCCUGCAGGGACCGGUCAAGAGUCCCGAACGCCGGGGAGCCAAGGAUCUGGGCACAUGUGUUAUCAAAGACAAGGAACGCAAGAUGGAGGAUGACCUGAGCAUUUCGCGACCAGGGCACUGUGCUUAUCUGGGCUCCCUCCUGUGGGAGCGCACUCUACCCUACAAUGAGAUUGAAUACGUUGACUUGGAUGAAUUUUUGCUCGAAAACGGCUUGCCGCCUAGUCCGGCCCAUCAACCCUUUUCGCCAGGCAGCCAGCCCACGGCUUCGCCUUCCAGCGGGGUUGUUGUGGACCUUAGUCGGCCAGCUUCAUGUGCGUCUUCAUCUUCUGUCUGCUCUUCGUCUGGCGAAGGCCUAGUGGGUAGCGAUUAUGACCACCACUGCAGCAAGACAGGUCCCAUCACACCUGUGUCCCGCAGCACGCCCAGUCCGGUGGACCCCGAGGCAGUGGAAGUCCUCAUGAACUUUGACCCUGACCCUGCUGACUUGGCGCUGUCUAGCAUUCCAGGGCAUGAGACUUUUGACCCCCGCAAGCAUCGGUUCUCUGAGGAGGAGCUCAAACCCCAGCCCAUCAUGAAAAAGGCACGGAAGAUACAGGUUCCAGAUGAUCAGAAGGAUGAGAAAUACUGGAACAGGCGGUACAAGAACAACGAGGCCGCCAAACGUUCGCGGGACGCCCGCCGCCUGAAAGAGAACCAGAUCACCGUCCGGGCAGCCUUCCUGGAGAAGGAGAACGCCGUCCUGCGCCAGGAAGUGGCCAACAUCCGCCAGGAACUGACCCGCUACCGCAGCAUCCUCUCCAAGUAUGAAUCGCAGCACGGCGCCUUGUAAAACCCGCGGCGGGGAUGCCGCUGCGCUCUUCUCCACCGUCCCGCCACCGAGGUGGUGGGGCCACCCUGGUUUUUCAACCCUGACCCCCGUCUUCCCGAACCGGGCAAACAAAUAUUCAAACAGAUGUUUGGAACGAGGGGAAAGGUCCGAGGCGGGCGAUUCCCACAUGCGGAGACUACCAUGGUCCAGGUGCACGGCUGAAGGGAUAAGACUUCCUGGGUUGGCUCGUGCUGACCCUCCACCAAGAAAGGGGCAGUGAACUUCAAGAUGUUGAACUGGGCAUCGUAGGCACAUGGAACACACCGCGAACACACAAGGGCUCUGUAGCACGCUGGAAGAUGUAUUGCACACACAUGCAGACACACACACACACACACACACACACACACACACACACAAGUUUGGCUUGUUGGCAGACUUUUCUAUCCAAAGGGCAGAAUUCAAUCACAGACUUCACACGUGGCAUUUUGGGUCCUUGACACGGCCGGCCCAGGAGGCAUCGAGCGUGUCAGGAUGCCUGGGUUCCUUCUCUCUCUCCCUUCUGACAGCAGGUGCAUCUUUUUUCUGCAGAUGUUUUGCACACGACUUUAACAAUCCCUUGCUCAUCUCUCCUAGUGACUCUUUGUCAGAGGUGGUGGUUAAGGACAUGAAAGGCAGCCAGCUACCACAGUGGGCGUGGAACCCAGCUGUUCUGGGCUCCCAUCUCACCCCACGAAACCACUACGCCCUGCCGUGCCCUUCUUCGCAAGAGAACCCAGGAGUCCUGGCAUCCUGAAAAGAAGACAGGAGGUUUUUCUUCCUUUGGACACCAGUAAAACAUUGUUAACUUUCCUUCUGCCUAUGAAAUGCCAAAUUAGAAAAAACUAACUGGUUGCGCACUCAUAUUUUUCCACAAUCAGAUGAAAGGGGCUUUGUGUCAGAGGGCAGGUGUAGGGGUUAUGAGUUUAAUUGUUAUGAUUAUCUUAUUAUUCUACCUAUUUUUAGUUAAAAAGGCAAGAGAUGGCUUCUGUUCUCCUUCCGCCUUCCUCACGUUUUGUGUCCAGCACUGUCUCAUGUCGUCAUAUGUACAGAAACUAAAUAAACACAAAACCUCAUUGAUGACCCUCCAUAAAUAUGAACAUAUAUAUAUAUAAAUAUAUAUAUAUAUAUAAUUUUUUUUUGUAAAACCAACUAUAUAUAUAUCUAUAUAUAUGUAUAGACUCCAGGAGAGACUUGAGAGAUUAAACUAUGUUCUUCUAUUGGGGAAAGGUUGGUUCUUUCGUACAGAAAGGGAAUGGGGAAGUAUGGUCUUUUUAUCUCCUUUGGAGAGGUUCCUUGUCUUUUAAAUUUUCCAUGUAACAGUGUUGCUGAGAACUCGGGGUGGGGGGGAAUGGGUUUGACCGAAGAUUUUUUUCAAAAGGAUGUUUACAGUUGUAUACUACGAGCAAUGAGGAAUAAAGAAAGACAGGAUUUUA